UUCGUAUCCACCAGGCUGCCCUCCCUUUAGUAAUCAACAAAGUGUGAAGAAGCGAUCCAUCAAGUAAAGAGCACAUCCAAAUUGUCAUGUCCAGAAGAUGUAAAGAUGAUAAAAUAAGUCAGCAUUGUUUCAACCAUCUGUGUAAAUCAUAUGAAAUACAAGAACUCGUCGUUUGUUGCUUGUCAUGUAUGUAUGUAGCUCACAUUAAAAAUAAUCCAUUAUGAUAAUCCUGUAUAAACACAUUUCCAGUAAUCAUAAUCGAAUGACUUUCAACCUCUUCCGGCAGGAAUAGAAAAUCUAAAUGCUUCUUAACCUUGUUUAAUCGCAACCCAAUUUCGAAUCGAUUCAUCAUUUCUUCUCACAUCUCUACAAACUGGAAAAAUUGUAACUUUUUGUUCAUGACAAAAUAAGUUAUUAGAAAGAAAUGGUAGAAAAAUAACAAUUCGUGGAAACGGAAAUAGUAGUCGAUUUUCUACUAUACCGAUGUAGAAAAACAUUCUCAUUGAUGUAAAAGGUACAUACAUAAAUGAGUACCUUGACUAAUAAUAUAAUGCAUGUAUUUAGCAACAUAAUUUUCUCGUUUAACUGCACUACAUAUAUAUAUCUAUUAGAUAUCUGCAUAGAUACUCUAACAUAACGAUCAUGUUAUGUAUAGAGUUAGUUUAUAGUUCACCUAUUUAUUACCAUUCCAGUACAUAGUUAAUACAUACGGAGAAUGCAUAAAUACUGGACAUUUUUACCGGAAGGAACCUUAGAUUUGCCCAACAUUUUCAUGAUGCAUGCAUGUACAUAUGUACCUGCAUGCAUUUAUUCACGCGUGUAUUUAUACGAGCUCAAGAUGCCUAAUGUAUGUGAGCAAACCAACCUUAAUACCCAGGUCAGGUACGAACUGACUAACCUUAUAUAAGGUUACCCAUACCUUACUAACAUCGUAAACUCUGUAAAAUGUGUUUACAAAUUUUUAUCAUACUAUGAAAGGUGAUAUUGAUCUGCAUACAUACAUAAGCUUGCAAGCGCUACAUAUGUAGAUAGUAACCGAUUUUCCUUAUGUAAAAUUCUUUAAAGGUUUAUAAGUUUAUAAAUUCCACGUUAUUUACGAAGUUAUUAAGGACGAUAUGAACUACCUCAAUGUUUUCAUUUUUUAUACCUAAUGUUUAUGUCACUAUUUCUAUUUAAAUUGUCUUAUAAAUCUAGUAGAAUAGAAGCAUCGAUUAAUCUGAUUCAUGAAACAAAUAUGUGCAACACAGGCACAUAUGUUCAAAGCAUUGUCCUUGCAUAUUGUGUACUUAAAUAGAUAAUGGUGCACUAACAAUUUAUCUGCCACAAUAUACAUCACCACAUACCGUACAUAUGUAUGUACAAAACUACGUACUUAUUACAGUAAUACGGCAUAGAACAAUUAGUCAUCGAUAUUCAGCUGGCUCUGUUCUACGUAAAAUAAUAAUUUUUUCUGUCUAAUUUUUAAAUUUUUAACAAUGACUACUAAAUCCAUACCCGAAAAAGAAGAAGACCUGUACACCCCAUUCACCACACCCUUAACGCUUCCCGACCUUCUCCACAGCCUCCAAACAACUAAAACCCAGACAAAAAACAUAAUUCAUGAGCUUGAAUUAUUAAAAACAACAGUAAUUUCUCAUCGUGGGGCUGUUCUAAAGGCGAAAACUUCCGGCACCACGGUGACCACGAUUGGGACAGGUCUUGCCAUUACGGGCUUAAUUUUAGCCCCAUUCACCUUCGGGACCUCCUUAAUUGUUUCCAGUGUCGGCGCUGUUACGUCGAUUGGAGGAGCUGCAACAAACAUGAUUACAGAUUUGGUGGAUCGUUCCAAGAAAAAGAAAUAUUUGGAUAAUAUUCAAAAAUUGUCCCAGGAUCAGGAAUCCAUCAAAAUGGAACUUUCCUAUUUACUGCAAAAUCUGGAACAAGUGAUCGAGCCUCUCAUUGAUAUCAGAGGACUUUCCAAAUGCGAAGCCAUUUACUGCUUUUUUAUCAACCAUGACUGCUGCAAUAACUCAACUGCAGAAUCAAAACUGUCCCGCAACGACUCAUUCGAACUUAUCGAAAUCUCAGAGUCAGAUUGGAAACCAGUAAAGAAAUUCGCCUUCAAAACGACUCUGCAAUCUUUAAAAUUAGUAAAAUCUUCGCAAGCCUUGACAACCCUGACGAUCGCCGGGCGAAGCGGUGCCAACACGAUAUCCAGCGUCUCCGUCAGUGUGGGAAGGUUAAUUGGGACGACCGUGUUUAAAACGACGAUGGCCGCGGUGGGAGUUGUUUUCACAUCGAUUGACAUCGCAUUGCUGGUGAGAGAGUGGAAGACAAAGGAUCCCACGCACGAGACGAUAGACUUUGUCCUGGACGAGUUUUCAGAGGAGGUCAAGCGAAUGGAGGAAUUGGAAGAGAUUUUGGAAAUGGUGGACAAAACUAAAUUUUUCCGGAAUGGGAGGGUAAUUGGAAGUUCUCCGUUCUCUGUUAAAGCCGUGGCAGGAUUGUUGGAGGGAAAAAGGGAGGAUUUUUAUGGCGUGGCGUAUGCAAAAGAAGAAUGCAAUUGGGCAGACUAUUGGGUAGGAUUGGGCGACGUUGACUUGAAUUCGUCAGGUGCUAAUGAAACAGUGCCAGUAACAGAAAUUGAUAAUCUAUUCCCAUCUGCAAAUGGUGCAGAUUUGCUCCCAAUUAAAGUUAUUGACCAAUCCGUCCUAAAUUUAAAUAAAUUGAUAAUUGACAACUUCUUGGAAUCAAAGAAUCUACCAAAGUUUACAAUUUUGGAAAAAUCUUUUCGUCAGAAAAAUUGUUUUUCAACAAUCCAAGAUUAUUACAACCCACUCCCAUCAAACAUUACGUCGAAUACUGUGCAAGUUUGUGUAGCUUAUGUUAAAUGUGAGGAAGGUUAUGUAAACGCAAACAAAUGGGAAUAUCAACUCCUAAUUGAAAUGGUUAUGAAAGAGUGUUUCAAACUAUUUUGUAAUUGCUAUGAAAAAAUUGACAGUUUGUGUGACGACGAUGCUGACGAUUACGGCGACGAUUUGAUUGAAUUGGUACAAGUUUUGAUAAACCAUAAAAGUUUCCAGGACCCAGUUGCUCUCGCUGUUUUUGGGAAUCAUGAAAAAAAUGUUAAAAUCUUAAAUGAUGUCGUUUCAAGUGUGGAAGAUUUGUUUAGAAAUUUAAGAUUUAAAAUUGGAAUUUGGGCAAGUGAAAUGUGGGAAGUUGUCCAUACUGGGAAUAAUGGAGUUUGAACAUUGUGAUCAUUUUUGGAGAGCAAAUAUUUAUAAUGAAGCAACUAAAUCCUUUUAAUGAUGUACAUUUUAAGCUGAGAGACAUAACAAGAUUAUUUUUCAUACUAGUCCAAAGUGACUUUGACCAUUUAUUUAUGUACUUACUUACAAAUAAGUGUUUUAUUUAUUUAUCGAAUAAAGAACUGUGAUCAUGCGACCCGUUAUCAUAAGCAUUCAUUUAUAAAAUCGAUAAAUCAGCACUAAUUGACACUGAUAAUGCAAGUCAGUAUUUCAUGCACUCAAUAAACUCGCUUUCAGUCCACACUCGAAAUAAAUCCUUCCCAAAACCUGGACACUACAAAUAUUUAAUCCCCGAUUAAAAAUGUCCCUCACAAAGAAGCGUUUCUCCCCAUUUCUGAAACCCGACAAGAACUUCUUCACCAAUCUAAUCAGCAAGGGCUCCAUCACACCGGUAAAUCCCGCAAAAGAAGUCGACCCCGCCAACAUUCCAUGGAUAGAUUACGACCUUCUCUCAAAAGGUCGAGAAUUCGUAAAGUUCAACUACGCGACCCUCCUCUUGUCCGGGAUUUUAGCUGAUACGAUCGGAUUCGUCUCCAGACAAGUCGCAACGACCCUGUUCUACCGAAAUUUUUACCCAGAAAAUGUUUGCGGAGCAAGAUUCUUAUCCACCUUCCACACUUCAAUGACAAAGUGGCUGUUAUCUGAUUUUAAGGGUACCGAAUUCAUCCAAGCAAUCCAACGUGUCCAGAAAUUGCAUAAAAUUUACGCUCAAACCCCUCCCACUCGUACCGUUCCGCCACCAAAUAUCCAGUAUCCACCAGAGUACAAGAAACUUGCCGAAAUUAUUCGUCAUGAUAUGCGACAUGUUUCCACCGAGUUUUAUCCAGCCGAUCUAAUCUCGUGGUCACCUGUCAACUAUUUUACACAACUUGACGUCGCACUCGUCCAAUUUGGAAUAUCAACGUUAUUACUUUUUCCAGAAAAAAUGGGAGUUUCUACAAAGUUUGAAACGGAUGAAACCAUGCGUGGAUAUUUUCAUAUGUGGGCCGUGAUUGGGAGACUUCUCGGACUUGAAGAUGAGUUCAACCUUGCGUUACAUCCGGAUAGAGAGCUUUACAUGGAAAUCGUAGAAAAAAUUGGGAUUCCCAGUUUCAAAAUGGUUGAUGAAACGUCGAUCUUUUGUAUGCAUAAAAUGAUGGAUGGCGUCGUUAGCGUGAUGAUGCCUGGUUUAAUUACGAUUAAAUCUUUGUGGUACUUUUCGCUAGAAACGUUAGGAAUUGAAGGUGUAGAGUUAUGGUCGAGUAUGAGUUUGCGCGACAAGAUUUGCUAUUAUCAUGUGAACUUUUCAAUGUACUUGAUGCAAUUUGAUUUUGUGAGGGUAGCUGUGAAUUUGAUGUCACAGGGACUGUCUGGAUUUCUUGUAUAUUUUUUCCUGAACAAAAAAUAAGAUUAAGAAAUAAGAACAUGUUAUUGACUUGUAUGAAUUUAUGUAUGGAAAAUGUUUAUUUGCGACGAAUAAAAAUCACAUUUAAA